CAGAAUGACGUCAGCGCAGCUCAGGCUGGCAAUAGGCUGCAGCUCCCAAGCCUCAUUCAAUGCCUUGUCUGCAGCCGGGAGCCAGCCAGCGGUACAGCAGCAGCAGCAUUCACCGCAGCAUCAGUGACAUCCUCAGUAGGUUGUUGCCUUUUUCCAGCCAACUUCAACUUCUGUGAUUUUAUGAGAUAUUAUCUAAUCUCAGUUCCAGUGGAAAAACAUACAGGUGCUUCUCCUUUUUGGUAUCAACAACCUUUCUCCAUGAGUCCAAGGUUCUCCAAACAGCUCAGGCUGUCUAUGUCACCUUGCCUCUUGAACAGGACAUCUCCAUCCAAUAGCACCACCAACUGUGUGACAGAAGUGGAACCUCUGUUCCAGUCCUUCUCCUCAACCUUGGUCUUAAUUGUUCUGGCCACGGUCAUUUUCUGCCUGGUUGUCCUAUCACUUAGCACCUUUCACAUGCACAAGAGCAAGAUGAAAAAGCGUAAGAUUGAGAAGGCUCAGGAGGAGUAUGAGAGGGACCACUGCAGUCCUAAGGCAGAGAGGAGUCAUUUCUAUGGAAAGGAGAAUAGACAACCAAGUGCCCCCCAGGACAGUAGCUCUUCACCUUCUCCAAUCAUUCAGAGGAAGGAAUCCACCAGCCUAAACCUGGAUUCCAGGAUUAUUGAGCAUUCUCAAAUAGAACCUUCUGUUUUGAACAAAACCAGUGAGGACCUGCUGCAGUCUGUAGUGUUGUCAUGAUCCAAAAUGACAGAGAAGGCUAUGUUCUUGUACAUAUUUGGUGACACUGUCUCUGAGAAAAAAGAAAUAAAUUCAAUUCAAUUAACAAGAGCAAAAUAUAUUUACAAGAGUCAAGCGCAUGAUUACAAAACCAUAUUGCGUUGCUACCAUUAAGUGUGUGAGAUAACAAAUAAUAAAAAAAAAAGGAUUCCUUGUAAUGCUUUUUUUUUUUUCUGGAGACAAGUCUGCACAAAUGCUACCAAAUAUAUUGUAAUUUGCCUGAGGACACUCACCCUUGCUGUAUAUACAAAGCGUACAGGAUAGCCGCAUCAUCUCCUUUACCUAUAUACCAAUUAUAAGGGAUUUAACAAACAUGAGCUUGCCAAAAUGACAAAUAUUGCACAACAUAACACAAUGUACUGGAAGAGAGAUGGCUGGAUCUUGUGUGCUAAAAAUACGGAACUGUAAUAU